AUGGAAGUGGAAAAGGGCAGCAGAAGGAGCUGCUCCACUCAGACCUCCUGCCUGGGUGCAGAUUUAGGGGAAGACUCACAGCUGGAGUAUCUCAGUGCUCACGAGGAGUACGACGAGGAGAAGAGCAACUGGAGUGAGUUUUCUGAGCAGGAGGACGUUGGAGAGGUGAAGGCCGUGCCACUGAUUUGUGACAAGGUGCCACCCCAAAUCACAGCAGGGGAAGAAGAUUCUGGAAAGAGCCAGAGGCCCACCCAGAGCGUGGCAGUGGAGCCAGACGUUCCUUUCCUGCCUCCCAGGGAGGAGGCCCAGCUCUGCAAACACGGGGAGCCCUCCUACUUCAGCAGCUGUGAAGAGCCUGCAGUGUGCACUCGUGGGACCAGCAGCACUGCAGAGGAUGCUGAAACCCAGCUCCCAGGCCCUGCAAUCCUCCCUGGCAAGAACCCUGUGGCUGGCAUGGAAGCUGCAGAUCAAUCCUGUGCUGGGAACCCCAGGGCUGGGAAGUCAGAGCGUAGUGAAGCCCUGAGCAGUGUCCCCAGUGGCACUGUGGAUGCUGGCUCUAAUCCCAGAGCUGGAUUCCCAACGAGCAGAAGCAGCAGUGCCCAGGUCCGUCUGUGCUCCAGGGCAGUGAGCACAGAGGUGACCAUGAUGAGCAAAGCUCAGCCCAUGGGGUGGCUGGGUCAGACCUCUGUGGAUGCUGCUUCCAACACGGAAUGGUCCUUGGGAGCUCUCAGCUCACACCUGCAGGAGGAAUCCAAAGAUCAUCUGUCUGACAGGCCAGAACAUCCUAAUAAGCAAACUGGGAAGAAUUCUGCGUCAAGCUGCUGUCAGAAUGUCCUGCAGAGAGCAACUGAAGCAGAGCUGCAGCUCCUGGCCAUCCAUUAUGAAAUGUGCUACCAGCACUGCUUGAAGGUUUAUGAGCUGGCUUUGGAGGAAAACACCUGUCUUGGAAGCUGUGAGAAAAAGGCUGAGCUAUAUUCGUCUCUGCAGUUGGCUUUGGAUGAACUGGACAAUAAUUACAGCAAUAUGAGAAAGGAAAUAAACAUGGGCACACCUUUAAAUGAACUUCCACCACUGUCAGUUGAGCUGAGGUUUCCCCCACUCUCUUCCUUUUACAUCCCCUCCAAGUUUUUCAGAAAGAGUCUUUACUCUGAUGAUCUUUCAGGUGAAGGGAAAGCUGACUUUGAAGAACCAAAACGGCAAGAAAAGGGGAUUUCUGUCAAUAUGGACAACUCACAGACUGAUGGUGAUCAGCCCAGUGACUCUGCUUCUGCUGAGAGGUGGGAAGAACUGCUUAAAGAUCAGGCUCUGGAACGUGGCUGUGUAAAAAAUGAGGAAGGAAGUGAGUAUUGGUUUGAUGCUAAGGAAGACUUGUCAGUGGCAGAUAUUUCAGUAAUGUGCAAAGAAAUGAAAAAGCAACAAGGAAAGCAAGACUCGAUUGACUCAAGAGAAGUGAAGAUAGUGGUGAGUGGGAAGGAACGUUCCUCUGUUCCUGUUGGUGGCCCAAAGCCCUCAGUGCCCGAGGAUCCUGGGGAAAAUUCCCUGCAGAAAACAUCCACUUGUUCCUCUGUGAAGUCAUCUGGUAUCUUUGUUUCUCCUUAUGCACUGAACUUGAGCAGCUUUACCAAGUUAAUAAGAAGACUUCAAGAAAAGCAUCCUGGGUUUAGCAGAGGUGAAAUUGUGGGGGCUGUGCAGGAAGUGAGGAAAAUGAACAAAGGAGUGCUGAGUGGCUUGGCCAUCAGUUCUAUUGAGGAGAAAGCCUCUGCCAUUCUGAGGAGUUCCACACCCUGCUCUCAGCAGGAGAAGCACUGA